GCUCCCCUCUCAGUUUACCCAAGUCCUCCUCCGGCUCCAUCCCAGUCAUCGAGCCACGAAGCAACCGCCGCUCCACAUCCAACUGCACUGCUUCGCUCUCAUGGAGACGGCAACUGCGAGGCGCCCCAGCGGCCCGGUGCUCUCCAUCUCCCACUUCCGCUCCGCCUCCCCCACCCGCGUCAAGCUCCCCUCCGCCGCCGGGGCCCGCUCGCCGGCUACCUCCGUCAGCGUCUCCUCCUCCCCCGGCGCCGCCGGCGGCAGGAGCCGGCGGUCCUGUAUGUGCUCCCCGACGAAUCACCCGGGCUCCUUCCGCUGUAGCCUGCACAAGGAGCGCAACAAGGCCCCCGGCGGCCAUGGCCACGGACACGGCCACAGCAAGCCCGCCUCCCCGCCGUCCCCCGGCGGCCAUGGCCCGAGCAAGCUGGGUACCAAGCAGCGGAUGGGCAGCGCGAUGGCGCGGCUCGUCUCCGUGGAGGGCGGCGGCGGGCAGUGGGCCCGCAGGGCGAUCGCCCCGUCCUCGGCGGCGGCGCAGCAGUCGCAGCACCGGCGGCGCGUCGGCGGUUUACGCCCCCGUCCCAGCCGGCUCUCCGCCGUGUCCAUGGCCGGCGACCGCGCCAGCGACAAUUCCCACCAGGGAAAUUAAACCUUCGUCGACAUGACAUAUAGCCAGACAUAGUAUAGAGUCCUGUACAUAGGAAGGAGGAAUUGAGAAAGCUCCACCUGCUGGGGAUCGAUCUUCCGCUUGUUUGUAAAUAGGGGAGUAAUUGGUGGGAUCGAUCAGGCCGGGGAAAAAUUGGAGUUUUGGAUCCAAUUCCGGGCCGGAUCAAUCUCUCUCUGUAAAUACACAUACACCCUCCAGUUCGUCCGUCCGUCCACCUUGUAUGUACAUAUACAACAACUGUACUUUGUCCACUCCGCCGUCGCCGUGUAAGCUAAGCACGCGGCCGUUGGUUUUGGAUAUACUCUUGAGUGAGAAAAUGGAGACAUACGUAGCUCAGAUUCAGAUACAUGCAUCUGUGCCCCGUCACGGGAGGCUGGCUAAUCCAUAAAUCCAUGAUUACUA